GAUCAUGGAAACAGCCGAAGAUGUCAGCUCGCUCAUGUGAUCAGCUGUGUCCAAUCACAGCUGAUCACAUGGGACAUGUACACUGAUCAUCAGGGCACUGAUGAUCAGUGUGCCCUGAUGAUCAGUGUAGCCCCAGAAGUGCCACCUGCCAGUGCUCAUCAAUGCCAUGUGCCAGUGCCCAUCAGUGCCACGUGCCAGUGCCCAUCAGUAGUGCAUACCAGUGCACAUCAAUGCCACAAGUCAGUGCCCAUCUGAGCUGCCUUUCAAUGUCACCCAUCAGUGCCAGUCAGUGCCGCCUAUCAGUGUCAUGUAUCAGUGAUGCCUGUCAAUGCCCAUCAGUGCAACCU